AUGCGCAGUAUUUUUAUCGUUUUUGUCAAUUCAUUAAAGAAGAAUAAAAUGAGGACUCUAGCAGUGUUGUGUCUGUUGGCGCUGGUCUACGGAGCUGUCGCCAAGAACAAGAAGGGAGAUGACCAUAAGGUGAAGAUUGCAGUGUACUACGAGUCCCUCUGCCCUGACAGCAAGAGGUUCAUCACCAGGCAGCUGGCACCGGUCUGGAGGGACUUCCGAGGAGUUGUGAAAGUCAAGAUGGUGCCAUACGGCAAGAGCACGCACGAUAAAGUGGACGGAAAAUGGCAGUUCCAAUGUCACCAUGGACCUGAUGAAUGCUACGGUAACAAGAUCCAGGCUUGUAUCCUGAAGGACCGCAGUCUCCAGGACACGGAGAAGAUGGAACUGGUCAUCUGCCUCAUGAACCAAGCCAGCCCCGACAAGUCUCUGGAUACGUGCCUCACUCAAAUCAACAAGGAGUCGGAAUCAGUGAAGUUGAAGCGUUGUGCGUCAUCCGACCAGGGAGACAACUUGCUGGCAGCUUACGGUGACAAGAGCGACUCUGUACAGCGCCCUCUAGGUUUUGUUCCCACCGUUGUUAUCAAUGAGAGAUUCGACCAAACAGUACAAGAUGAAGCCAUUGCCGACUUAAAAUCGGUCGUGUGUCGCGUCGCACCGAACAAACCUUCCAUCUGUUAA